CCCAUUUCUCCAACUCCUUUAAUAAGGAUUAGCAGACAUACUGUAAGCAUUACCUUCGGAAACCCUGAAAUGGACAAUGUGGAUCUGAGCGACCCACCAGCUGGCCUGGAAAAUGAGUUCCAUACACUUCUGACAUUUGAUGCAGUGCAGUUUCUGGCUGAACUUACUGCAGCUUUUAAUAAUGAUGUUGAUAGGAUUUUGUGGCAUCGAGCAGCACGGAAAGUUGAGCUUGACAUGAAAAACAGUUAUCCAGACUUCUCUCUGGAGAACUCUCACAUUCGAGAUGACCCAAACUGGAGGGUAGCAGCUGUUCCCCAAAGACUACAGAAUAGACAUGUAGAUAUUGGAGAUACAGCACCUUGUCACACUGAACGUUUUCACCGAGCCCUCCUGUCGUCUGCCCAAGGAAUUCAGGUGGACUUUGAUGAUGGAAAUUGUCCAACAUUCUUCAAUCAAAUAAAAGGAAUCUUCAAUGUUUAUCAAGUUGUUUAUAACAAAGUACCAGGUAUACCUCCAAUCUCAGAGGCCCCAGUGUUAAUGCUCAGACCAAGAGCAUGGAACAUGGUAGAGCACAACAUGCUGGUAAAUGGCAGGGAGAUCCCUGGUCCUCUCUUUGAUUUUGGUCUACUGAUAUACCACACUGGAAGAAUACUUUAUGAAAGGAAAAGUGGACCUUUUUUCUACUUAUCAAAGGUGGAAAGCUUUCAUGAGGCCAGACUGUGGAAUCAGAUAUUUGUAUGGACUGAGAAAAAGCUUAGCCUACCUUUGGGAAGCAUAAAGGCUACAGUGCUAAUCGAAAGUGUGCUGGCUUCCUUUGAAAUGGAAGAAAUCCUGUAUGAGCUCAGACAACAUUCUGCUGGGCUGAACUGCGGCAUCUGGGAUUACUCAGCAUCUUUUGUUAACAAAUUUGGACAUAGAUUGGAGUUCUUAUUGCCGGAUCGCAGUAAGUAUGUAAACAUGGAGAAAAAGUUUCUCAAAAGCUACAUGGAUUUAUUGGUCCAGACAUGUCAUCGGCGAGGAGCUCUGGCUACAGGCGGCAUGGCUGCCCUGCUGCUCCCUCAGGACAAAGAGAGUGAAGAGUAUCACAGUGUCAUGGCAGCCGUCAAAAGAUCAAAGCUUUUUGAAAUUAAUGCGGGAGUGGAUGGAUUCAUGGUGUACGACAUUGAUCUGGUGUUGCCGAUGCAGAAGCUUUUCCAGGAGCACACAGAUGGAUCAAACCAAUUACAUGUUAUACCAGCUGUGAAGAUCACCCAGUUAGACUUACUUACUAUGCCUGCUGGUGGAGUAACUUUGUUUGGUCUGAAGUAUAAUAUAGCUGUUGGCAUUCUGUUCAUUGAUGCCUGGCUUAAAGGUGAAGGUCAUUUCUUCUACAAUGGAAAAGUUGAGGAUUCUGCAACAGCUGAAAUAUCCCGAUCUCAGGUCUGGCAGUGGAUAAGGCACCAGGUGCAGCUGGAAGAUGACAGCAGGAAGGUGACAAGGAAUAUGGUCCGAUGUCUUGUCCAGGAUGUGAAGCAUGAGCUUGGCGAUCAAUUUCAGCUCUCAGUUCUACAGAAAGGAAGACUUCAAACUGCAUCUGAAAUAUUCAUGGAGGUGGUUCAAAAGAGGGACUUCCCAGAAUUCAUCACUACUUACCUCAAUAUGGAGCAUGUUUUUGUCGGUAAUUCCUAAAGAUUUUUUUGGAAAGUUAGCACCGCCUAUUGGCUGGAAAGCCAAAAA